AGAGGAGAGAAGGAGAAGGAAAGAGAAGUGAGAGAAGGAGAAAAGGGAGGCAGGAAACCCAAGAGUGAGGGAAGCGGGGCAGGGAGGAGAGAAAAGGGCGGGAGUCCGAAGCCAAGUCAGAGUGAAGAGAAAGAGGGGGAGAGGAGAGAGGGAAGUAGAGAGAAGCGGGCUGUCUCCUCCCAUGACAAGUGCAGCUGGCUGGCGCUGAGUGGGGGGGGGUGGCCGGUGCUGUGCUCUCCUCUCCGCUCCCAAGAUGAUGAAGAGGCAGUUUAAUCGGAUGCGGCAGCAGCUCUCCUAUCCCAGCAACACAGGACGAGCCCAAGAAACAGCUGAGCUCCUGACUGAAGACUUGCUGCAGAUUGAGCAGCGAAUCGAGCCAGCCAAGCGGGCCGCGCACAAUGUGUCCAAGAGGCUCCAGGCAUGCCUGCAGGGGCAGUGCGGUUCAGAGAUGGACAAACGUGUGAAGAAGCUGCCCUUGAUGGCUCUGUCCAUCACUAUGGCUGAGAGCUUCAAAGAACUAGACACCGAUUCCAGCCUCGGAAGAGCUCUAGAGAUGAGCUGCUUCAUACAAAGCAUGCUGGCCAAGGUCCUGGCUGAGUUUGAAAUCACCUUGGAGAGGGACGUUCUACAACCUCUGAAUAAACUGAGUGAGGAGGAGCUGCCUGUCAUCCUGAAGCACAAGAAGAAUCUUCAGAAGCUGAUCUUGGACUGGAACUCCAUGAAGAGCAGGCUGAACCAAGCUGUCAAGAGCUCCAGUAACAGCGCUGGCCCUGGCCCUGGCCCUGGGGGGUCCUCUGCUGCCAUUAAACUGGAGAACCUGAAGGAUGAGGAAGAGGAGGUGAAGCGAAGGGUGGAGCAGUGUAAGGACGAGUACAUGGCUGACCUCUAUCACUUCUCCACCAAGGAGGACACCUAUGCUAACUACUUCAUCAAACUGCUGGAAAUCCAAGCUCAGUACCAUCGGAAGUCUCUGGAAUCCCUGGACACCGUCUUGGCAGAGCUAAAGGAGACCCAUGGCCAGGCAGAGUCCCCUUUCCCCCUGGAUACACCGGUGUUGGGAUAUUAUGGGGUGUCGUUGGAGACGCACCUGAGGACUUUGGAUCGGGAGAUUGCCCUCCCCAUAGAAGCCUGUGUCAUGAUGUUGCUGGCGUCAGGCAUGAGGGAAGAGGGACUUUUCAGGCUGGCAGCAGGGGCCUCGGUGCUUAGGAAGCUGAAGUGCAGCUUGGCCAGUGGCUCCAACGCACUGGAGGAAUUCUAUUCUGACCCACACGCUGUUGCAGGUGCACUGAAAUCCUACUUGCGAGAGCUGCCCCAGCCCUUGAUGACCUUUGAACUCUAUGAGGACUGGUUUAAAGUAGCCUGCUUCAAGGACCUAGAGGGUCGCCUACAGAGCCUCCAAGACACCUGCAGUCGGCUCCCCAAGGACAACUACAACAACCUGAGGUAUCUGAUCAGGUUUCUAGCCAAGCUGGCUGAACAUCAGGAGGUGAAUAAAAUGACCCCUAGCAACAUCGCCAUCGUCCUGGGCCCCAACCUGCUGUGGUCACAGCAGAGCGAAGGAGACCCGUUGCAGGCGCUAGACAUGGCCUCUGUGUCCUCCAUCCAGGUGGUGGGCAUUGUGGAAGCCCUGAUACAGAAUGCCAACACUCUUUUCCCUGGAGAGAUAGACUUUAACGUCUCGGGCAUGUUCACUCCUCCCACGGAGAUCAAUUCCAGUCAAGCCUCACCAGUGGAAGAGCCCUCACCUCAGCCCCUUCCUGCCAGCACCCCCUCUCUAACAGCUGGAGAAGUGAAAGACCCUGAGGUGCCCUCUGGACCAGUCUCUCCAAAAGUGACUAAAACUUCUCCUGAGGCUGCCGACUCCUUGCUGCCUCGGCCUCUGGCUGAUGACGCCUCACGCAAAACGAAGCGAGCUGCCCCAACCCGACCCAUAGUGCCCCCACCGCACGUGCAUUCUCGAACCACAAUUCAUCUGCCUCACAGCAGCCCCAAAGCCCUCCCUCGCCGACACAUAACUGGGUCCUUACGAGCCCCCAAUAUCCCACCUCCACUUCCACCCCAGCCUGCUAGACGCCAGAGUCGAAGUGCCCCGCUGUCCCCCAAACCCCCACUGACCCCAGACUCCAUGAGGGAUGAGAGCUCUGCAGUUAACCAACCUCCUGCGUCUAGCUACAGCACAAAACCCACUGCAUACUGCACCCCAGAGGCAGAAGGACUGGAGAAGCCAUCAUCUCCAAGAGGGCCAGGCUCUCCAACCAUACCCCAGCGAACGGGCCAGUCCCCAGACAAUGACUGAAAGCUUUGAAGACAUAAAUUCUCCUGUCUGCCUGCCAAGGAUCCAGAGAGGAGAGACUGGAAUUUGUGGCUCUUCCUUCUUUUCAAAAACAACCCAUCUGUAUCCAAAAUGACUUGGAGCUAUUUGAAGCAUAUUCAGGUAAAUGGAAUGUAUGCACUAAACUGCAGCUGAUUCACCCCAUGGAGACCAUGACUGAGAUGAGUUUCCAACAAAUGAGGUCUGGAUCCACAGGGUUGUUCUGAUGUUUUCUACAUUCGCAAUGUAAUAAUUUUGUACCUGUGGGACCAGUUUUGUCUCAAAUGAGUUCCAAUAAGCUCCUCCCACCAAGAAUCUCUGACCUUUACAUGAUGACAUUUGGAGUAGGAUUAUUUUUUUAAUAUGUUGCUGAUAAGUUAUUUGAAGACUUGGGGCCAAAUUUAUAAUUGGUGUAAGCAUGACCUAACUAACUUGAGUGGGUUGUGUCUGCUUUCAGUAAAGCUGAAUUUGGUCCUGGGAUUGCAUGGGAGAAAACCCAGUAAAACAAAUGCUGCUUUCUGUCUGUUGUGUUUUGCAGUGUCUUCCUGUUUCCUUUGGUAAUGUACUUUUAAAUAUAUACCUAUAUUUUAACAAAGAAGACUCAGCUUUGUC